AAGAAAGCAAUCUACUACACAAGCAGCGAACAAAACGCAGUUCUUUCAUUUGAAAACUGUUUUUGUGUUUUAAUAUCGGGAUUCGGAAUAGAUUAUCUAGAUUCUAGAGAGAAUAGAUUAUCUAUUGGGAAAAGACUGUCUGAUAUCUGGAUAUUCGUCAUUCUUUAGUAGAAUUGUGCAAGUGUCUUCGGAUUUCUUCUGCGGACCAGAAGAAUGCAGAAUGCGGCUGCAGAUCCCGCUGCGGGUUACGGAGGAUUCGCUGGGCGCAUUGAUCCGGAGAAAGAGGCCCGUUUCCGUGCUACCGUCCAAGAGUACAUGGAUUUCUUAGAUGAUGCCCAGGACCGCCGCAUAUACAGCGAGCGCAUUAACCAGAUGAUCCAGAAUGAGCAGAUUAGACUGGAAGUGAACGUCAACGAUCUCCGCGCUGUCAAUCCCGGACGAUGCAACAGUUUGCUGAAAGACAGUGUAGAAGAAGUGAAUGCCUUUCAAGCAGCACUGCGCAACUGCAUUCAGCGCUCCAGCAAUGUGUAUGCCAGGAAUCACGAGAAUUUCUUCGUUGGCUUAUGUGGAAGUUUCGGGGCGCGACACGUUUCACCGCGCACACUGCAGGCCAAAUUGCUGGGUGGAAUUGUCUGCGUGGAAGGCAUCGUCACCAAGUGCACCAUUGUGCGGCCCAAGAUUGUUCGCAGUGUGCACUACGCACCGAAAACUGGGAAGACCAUCGAGCGACGCUACACAGACCUGAUGAGCGGCGGGGAUGCCACCAGUCGCAUGGCCUAUCCCACCAAGGACGACGAAGGCAACCCGCUGGAGACCGAGUAUGGGCUGUGUGUGUUUAAAGAUCAUCAGAUGUUCACCAUUCAAGAGCUACCGGAGAAGGCACCUCCAGGUCAGCUCCCAAGAUCUGUGGAAGUUGUGGUGGAGGACGAUUUGGUUGAUUUAUGCAAGCCGGGAGAUCGUGUUUUGGUGGUGGGAACUUAUCGCGUUAUUCACAAUCAGCGUCAAGGAUAUUUUGCUGGGAAUUUCCGGACUGUUAUUAUCGCUAAUUUUGUCGUGGAGCAGCAUAAGGAAAACGCGCCGAUCUUUACGCAAGCCGAUUCUCACCGUAUUCGUAAAUUUGCUCAACAACCGGACGCUUUCGAGGUGCUAGCACGAUCUGUGGCCCCGUCGAUUUACGGCAAUGAUUACGUGAAGCAAGCGAUUUUGUGUUUAUUGUUGGGUGGACAAGAAAAGGUUUUAGCCAAUGGUACGCGUUUGCGUGGCGAUGUUAACAUACUACUAAUUGGCGAUCCUUCGGUAGCGAAAUCCCAAAUGCUGCGCUUUGUUUUACAAAUUGCCAAUGUGGCUAUCGCUACAACUGGGCGAGGAAGUACGGGCGUUGGUCUGACCGCUGCCGUGACGACGGAUGAAACAGGCGACCGACGUUUAGAAGCUGGUGCAAUGGUUCUAGCGGAUCGAGGUGUCGUGUGCAUCGAUGAGUUCGAUAAAAUGGCGGAAGAAGACCGUACAGCCAUACAUGAAGUUAUGGAGCAAGGGCGUGUCACCAUCUCGAAAGCUGGGAUUCAUGCAAAGCUCAACGCCCGCUGUUCUGUACUGGCGGCUGCUAACCCUGUAUACGGUCGUUAUGAUCCGUACAAGUCCCCUAUGGACAACAUUGGAAUGCAGGAUUCCUUGCUUUCUCGAUUCGAUUUAAUUUUUGUCAUGACGGACAAAGCGGAUCAGGAGCAGGAUCUGAUUUUGGCUGACCACGUUGUCCGGAUGCACCGCUACCGCGCCGCGGGAGAGUUGGAUGGAGAGCCGACGCGGUUGAACAUGGGUGUCGAUUGGCUGUCCACUAAUAUGGUCGACACAGAUGAUUCUGAUCAGCGGCGUUCAGGGCAGAUCUACGAAAAAUACGAUUCUAUACUCCAUGGUCCGCGCCGUAAUCAGUACGACAAAGUGUUGUCGAAGCAGUUCUUGCGGAAGUAUAUCAGCAUUGCCAAGAACUGCACGCCUAAACUGACGCAAGAUGCCUGCACACUUAUUGCCGAGGAAUACGCAAAACUUCGCUCUCAAGAUCAGGUUGGCGCUGAUGUUGCUCGUACUCAACCGGUAACAGCCCGCGCUCUGGAAACCAUGAUUCGUUUGGCAACGGCACACGCCAAAAGUCGGCUGCAGCGCACUGUCGAGCAAGCUGAUGCCCAAGCUGCUUGCGAUAUGGUCCAGUUUGCGUUGUUCAAGAAGGUGGAAAAGCGAAAGAAGAAGAGGACAAUUGAAGAAGAUGACCACGCCGCAAACGGCAACGGCGCGGCCAUGGAUGUUGACGAAGCUGAAGUGCCAGCGAAUGGUCAGGCGUUGGAUCCCGACGAUCCCUACCGUUUCGGAAGCAGUGAACCCACUCCCAAACGCGCCACGGUGGGACGCGGUCAGGUGGUGCCUGGACGGGCCGACACAGUGCAGGCCGCUGCUCCUGCUCCACCCACCAUUGCCGCUGAUAAAUACAAGAUGUUCAAAGAACUGGUGGGAAAACACUUCCAGGAGACACGACAAGGAUCGCUUCCCCAGAAUCAGUUAUCGCAGCAUGUGGCGGAAAAGGCUGAGGCGCAGGGAAUGCUCUACACCCACGCGGAAAUGGAAGCCGGUUUUGGGAAAAUGACCGACGAGGGCGUUAUCUUGGUCACGGAUGAGCAAGUAUUUUUGAUUUAAAUUUUAUUUUGUAUUUCUUUUACUUUUUCCGCUUUUUUGUACAUUAAUGUGUGCCGAUAAGGUAACUAUGUACGCCCGUAUGCUUAGUGUGAAUUGACUUGUACAGCUUUUGCUGGGUCGUCUUGGUUAAUGUGUUAUUCACGUUGGAAUUGUCCGUUUUCAUGCAAAAAAGUUAGCAGUUUACAUAAAUUUCUUGUGAUGGUUGAUCAUGGUUCUGUAAAAUUUGUACUGCUAGAAGUGGUUCGUUCAUACAAAAUUUGAAAAGCUAACGAAUCCCCAAACUUAUGCAAACUGUUAUAACUUAUGCAAAGUAUACCAUCA